AGUACAGUGUAAGUGUAGUAUGCAUUCCUCACCUCACUCUCACUCUCACUCUCACUGUGUUCGCUCUCUUCUCUCUUCUCAAACCCUAAUUCUCCAAUCCUCAAUCAAUGGCAAUCCUCUCUCAAUCCACCGCAAGCUUCUCCCCCUCCUUUGUUUUCACUCGCUCCGAUUCCACUCGCUUUCCCUGCCACGUCACCUUCCGCACCCGCUCAUCUCCUCGCCGCGUCGCCGUCUCUUCGCGUCUCAAUUCCUCCAAGUCCCCCGGCGCCGGAGGCUCCCUCUCGCCGGACAACGGUGAUGUCGCCUAUGAGCUCCACCAUGAUUACUCGCCGCAGCGCUGCCGUAACGGAUCGCCGGUGUUCGUCACGAUGCCAGUAAAGUCUGUAGGCCCGGAGGGCCGGGUGGCCAGGCCCAAGACCAUUAUGUUCUCACUCAAGGCGCUCGCCUCGGCUGGUGUUGAAGGCGUGGUCAUUGAGAUUUGGUGGGGUCUGGUGGAGAAGAACGAACCUAGGGCUUACGAUUGGAGAGGCUACGAGGAGCUCUUCAUGAUGGCGUGCAAGUGUGGCCUCAAGGUUCGAGUGGUUCUCGCGUUUCAUCAGCAUGGCACGGGUCCCGAUGAUCCCAAUUGUUUGUCCCCCUUGUGUAGGAUACCGCUUCCUCUAUGGGUGCUUGAUGAGAUACAGAAAGAUGUAGAGUUAGCUUAUUGUGACAGGUUUGGAAGAAGAAAUAUUGAAUACAUUUCACUUGGAUGUGAUAUUCUUCCUGUGCUACGUGGACGUUCUCCUGUUCAAGUAUAUGCAGAUUUUAUGAGGGAUUUUAGGGACAGCUUUAGGAAUUUGUUUGGUGUUAUCAUCACAGGUGUACAGAUUGGCAUGGGUCCUGGUGGUGAACUAAGAUAUCCUUCAUUUUCUUCACAGGAGCCAAUUUUGGCUUGGUCUCGUGAACUUGGAGAGUUUCAGUGCUAUGAUAAGUAUAUGCUUGCUUCUCUAAAUGCCUCUGCAAGAAAUAUUGGAAAGCGAGAAUGGGGAAAUGGUGGUCCAGUUGGUGCUGGAAGUUUGAUGCAAAAUCCUGAGCAUACUGAUUUUUUCAAAAAUGAUGGUGGCUCUUGGAACACACCAUAUGGUAAAUUUUUCCUUGAAUGGUACUCAGAUAUGUUGCUGCUGCAUGGGGAGAGAAUUUGUAGGGAAGCUGAAGCUAUUUUUAGGGGUAUAGAAGUUCAUAUAUCAGCAAAAUUGGCUGCCAUUCACUGGCACUAUAUCCUGCAAUCCCAUCCAUCAGAGUUAACAGCUGGCUAUUAUAAUACUUUUAACAGGGAUGGAUACUUACCCUUUGCUCGCUUGUUUAGUAAGUAUGGAUUCUCAAUGUGCUGUUCUUGUUUUGAAAUGCAAGAUGAAGUAAUGAAGAAGAUCAAUCCAGAUAGUAGCCCUGAAGGUUUUCUUAGACAGCUUUUGCUGGCUGCUAGGCUCUGUGACAUAUCACUUGAAGGUCAAAAUUUUUCAACUAAUUUGGAUGAUGGUGCUUUCUCCCAGGUGCUGAAGAUGUCCAAAUUUUACUCGGAUGGGAUUGAGAAGCGUCCUUUCUCAUUCAACUUUGUAAGAAUGGACAAAAGAUUGUUUGAAUUCCGAAAUUGGGAUCGGUUUACUCGUUUUGUGAGACAAAUGUCUGAUGGAAACAUUUUUCGAGCCAGAUUAAAUGCUGUUGGUGACAUACGGUUGAAGACCACACCAGGGAUGGCAGAAGUGGGACUGUUGUACCACCUAUAUCAGCACUCUUGAAACUAGUCUUGGCCUCUGUUCUUUAGGCACAUUUACUAUUACUGCCAUCGUUGCAAGAAAAUCUGAUGACUUAUGGUCUAAUGUUGUGAAAUGUGUAGUAUUGCUGAUUCUUCGAAUGAUUCUUUUAUUGCUUUUUGGCAAGAAGUUACUUCCCUAAGGUAACACAUUACAUUGCCUUCCAGGUUUUUUUUGAUGGGUGGCAUGUUAUCCACUUGUACCUGUAUUUUGAGUAGAUAGAUAUAUAUAUAUAUAAAAAAACGUUACUGUUGGUA